AUGAAUCUACCGACAGAACUCAUUAUUGCUUGCCUGAGGCAUAUCUACUACGGAGAACUCUACGCUGUUGACAAGGCAAGUCUUUUGUCGUGUGCCCUCGUCGCGAAAUCUUGGACAGGCCCCGCUCAGGAGCUGCUGUUCCGUUCCGUCAGAGGUCGCCAAUUUCUCCAAGCCCUGCAAUCGCCAAGCGAUACCAUCAGACUAUCGCAACUGAGCGCAUACGUUGUCAAAUGCGACAUUGCAAUUGGCCGGUCACAGGAUUCACAGGCCUCCAUCCUGCGGCCCAGCGAUCUUAUCACCCUCUUACGCGCACUCCCCAAGCUUUACGAGCUCACUCUCCGAGUACACUACCCUUACGAAUUCGAUGGGGACACGUUGGACGAGCUUCGGGCGCAAUCUGGAUGUCAGCUCCGCGCACUCAACUUCAUGCAGUCUGGCGGAGUCCAGUCUCUCGUUCUCUACCAGCUCCUCGGCGUUUGGCGCACGAUCAGACAUCUCAGAAUAGGAUGCGAAGUGCGUUCCCCGCCGUUGUGGGCCUUGCAGAUCAAACUCGAUCUGUACGAGUUAUCGAUGUUUCGUAUGCCCACGCUCGGGGCGUUCGACUGGCUCCUCUCGCCCUCCGUUGCCCCGAACCUGCAGAUUCUCGAGCUCAGGGACGUUCCCAGUCGGUCGUCAUGCAGUUCAUUGGACGCACACGUGCACCGUCUACGAUCAUUGCGAGUAGGCCGCCUCGACCUCAGUUCCUCCGGGCUCAUCUCAAGAUGCUCCAACCUGGGAGAGCUGGUGCUGUACCAAAUCCCGACCAUUUUGCCACUGGACCAUAGUCAGCUGCCGCGGACUAUUGUGCAUCUCAGUUUCCGCAAUCCGGGAUGGGGUGCCAGCGAGGCGCUGGGAUCAUUGUUGAGUGCAGUGCGUCUGCUGCCAAUGCUGAAGCUAGUGACGUGCGAUCAAUUGAGCACGGCGACCACCGAUUACCACAAACUUCUGUCUAUAUGCGCGGAUCGCAGCAUCGCUCUGUACCACGAUGAUUUGCCGAUGUGGAUGUUUGAGGAUCCUAUCCCUAUCCGGAUGUUCCCGCGACGCAAGUCCGUAUCAAACUUCGGUACAAUGCGGUCCAUACAAAACAGUUGA